AACUAAAAUUACUGUUCGGAUAUAGUAAAAGUUUUGAGUUUUUGUUUUAAAUAUGGCGGCGGAAAAGUUGCUUUGGCUCACAACUGUGCUUCUCCGUCUGUGGCUGGGAGCUACAGACCUUUGCUAUGCUCAAUCCACUCUCCUGACCUUCCAAGACUUGCUGCCGGAAGACCCGAGGCUGUACGACAAGAUGAGGCCUCCGAAGAUCAAUGAACAGCCUACCAUCGUGAACUUCCAUGUGACGGUCAUGGGGCUGGACUCUAUUGACGAAACUUCCAUGACAUAUGCUGCUGACAUAUUCUUUGCUCAAACAUGGAAAGAUCAUCGCUUAAGGCUGCCCGAAAACAUGACUACGGAGUACAGGCUGCUCGAAGUGGACUGGCUGAAACACAUGUGGAGACCAGACUCCUUCUUCAAGAACGCCAAGUCCGUGACGUUUCAAACCAUGACAAUACCCAAUCACUACGUUUGGCUGUCCAAGGAGAAGACUAUACUGUAUAUGGUGAAAUUGACCCUCAGGCUGUCGUGUGCCAUGAAUUUUCUCAUUUAUCCUCAUGAUACGCAAGAGUGUAAACUGCAGAUGGAAAGCUUAUCCCACACGACAGAUGACCUGAUCUUCCAGUGGGACCCUGACGUGCCGCUGGUAGUGGACGAGAACAUCGAGUUGCCCCAACUGGAGCUGGUGCAGAAUACCACUGCUGACUGCACCCAGGUCUACUCCACAGGAAACUUCACGUGCCUGGAGGUUAUCUUCAAGCUGAAGCGGCGCUUGGGGUACCACCUGUUCAACACCUACAUACCCACUUGUCUGAUCGUCAUUAUGUCUUGGGUAUCCUUCUGGAUCAAGCCUGACGCUGCCCCCGCGCGGGUCACUCUCGGCGUGACGUCAUUACUCACGCUCUCGACGCAGCACGCGAAGUCACAGGCGCAGUUACCGCCCGUCUCUUAUCUGAAAGCUGUUGAUGCUUUCAUGUCUGUGUGUACUGUUUUCGUGUUCAUGGCUCUGAUGGAAUAUUGUUUGGUCAACAUUGUUCUGGGAGACGGCGCUAAAGUCAAGGAUGCAGCAGAAGCAGCCAAAGCCAAGAUGAGAGCGAUCAGCAUCGAUCGUUUCUCUCGCGUCUUCUUUCCUCUCCUAUUCUCCGUGCUCAACGCCAUCUACUGGAUACAUUUCGCUCAAUAUAUCUGAUGGAUUUACUUGUUCAAGUUUGACUACAUCUGCUCAUUCAUCUUCUAUCUUUCUUUUGUUUAGAUUUAAUGCUUUAUGAAGUUCGUCUUUUGUUUUUGUAUCAUUUUGUUUCUUAGUUUUGAUUAUUUACUUCAGUGGAAUUAUAGAUACCUUAAAACCUAAGUGUUAUUUUUAUUUUGAGACUACCAUCAGUUUAUCUUCUAUUUUAUUUCAUCAGUGCAGCUUUCUACUUGACAUUUCCUCAUAAGGCUAUUUUCUUGUAUCCCUCUCAAGUUUUAACACGGUAACGAAAUAUUUUUAAACUCUGUUUCAAACCUUAUCAUUGAAAUAAACUAUUGAAUAACUUUAAACCACAUUAAGCACUAUGUCUUUGUUCCUCUUAAAAAUCUUUUCGUAAAGUGUGUUUCGAGACAUUUUUAUUCAACAAUCUAUACUUUUCUCAAAAUCUUAUAAAAUCUACUGGCUACCUAUUUAUUAUUGUAAGUAGAUAUUGAUAUGGUAAAUCUAUGUCUUAUUUUAUUUAGUUUUAGUUAGAAAUUUUGCAAAAGAAUUGUAUAUCUGUAAACUGUGUUAAUGGGGUUACUUGGGCAACAAAACCUGCAGUUAAAAAGUGGGCCAAUUCGUCUUUUCGGCGAAUAAUCCUAUUAUCAAAGUAAACAGAUUAAAUUACGUCAAUAAAGUAUGAUAAUUUAAGCUGUCUGGUUAUCUUAGCAUUCUCAAGAUUUUUUGUUUAAUCCCAGGAUGGAAAAGAAAGUUUUUUUUAAAUAGAAUGAAACUGAAGGAAAGCUUGUGAUUAGUAAUAGCCGCACGAGUUGAUCGAUCAUAAGUUUAAGCAACGCUUGGCGCGGUCAAUUCUUGGAUGGUUUACCAUCUUGUCAUUGCCUUGUCUUGCCUGAAAGAAGGCCAGGGAAUAAGUGGGUCCAGGCUGUAAUUUUAACAUCUUUUGGCAGUUGUUACGUAUGCCAGUCGAACCAAGGGAUAUCGGGUUUUCCGGGUAACUGGGUUGAGGAGGUCAGGCAGGCGUUUGCUCCAUGUAAAGUAUUGGUUCUCAGCUGCCAACCAACCCCAAAAUAGUUGGGAAAACGCUGAGCAGAUGAAGUGACGAAAAUAUCGUAGGCUCGCCUAGGAAGCUACGCAUAAAAAAAGUUGAGAGCAGAUAAAUAAAGAGAUGAAGAAUGAUUUGCUCUUAGACAGUUGCAGUUUUCUGUGAUUUUGGUUACAAUAAAAUACUCGAUGCACUGGAUCAUCUGCCUCAGUGACUGUAUACUUUAUAGGUAUUUUUCAAAAAAAUAACUUUUUUAUUUGAGUAGGUACAACUGAAUAGAUUUCUACGUAGAUAAGUAAGUUUACAAAGCUUGAGAAUGUUAACAUUACCAAGAAAUUAGGUAUUAUAUUUAAAUGUUACUUGAUAAAUUAUAACAUAAGUCGUGUACAAAACAUAGAAUUAUGAAAGUUAUCAUUAUGUAUCAUUAAUAAAAAGUUUUAUGUGAAUAAAAUUAAAGUAUUAUUCGUUUCA